CCCCUCUCUCAUUCCUUAGUAGGCUACUGUCGUUUUGUUUUGUACUAAGACAUUUGAUGAGAAAAAAUCACUCUCUCUAGUAUAUCUGUUUUAAUAUAUGUGGUAAUAUGUGACAGUUAUGAAUAGGUGAUAUUUCGAAUAGCAUUUAUUAUAGACGUCCACCUGAUCAACUGCACUAUUUACGCUUUCCUCCUGACGCAGCACUGGCUUCCUUUGUCACUUCGACUUCCGUUUUCACGUGCAGUCAACUGAGAAGAAGAGAUGUUUUGCUCAUGAAAAUUUAGGGUUCAGGCAAAGAGUUGUAUCGUUUACAACGUUUGGAACAGUCAGCCGCCUGCUUCGAUUUGCUUAGACUUCAAAUAAAACGAGCAAACCCGACUCCUUUGUGUGCAAGAUGUUGCACGCUAGCUGACCUUAUCAGAAGUUGUUUGCUAAUAUUUGCUAGCUUGUUUUGUAGCUAACAAACUGCUCAAAGGCGAAGUGUGGAUUCAUUUGAUGUUCACCUGGACACUUAUGUUACCGGUCAUCUGAUCAGUUAUUUCAUCAGUGAGAAGCAUACGGUGUGAUUUUACAGGUAGUGUGGGUCUCCGUCAAAUUUAGACGAUAUAGUUGGAUAGUUAGCUAAUUAGCAUUUGACAGCUGGUUGGCUGUCUCACUGUUUCUCGUUGGUCAGUGACAGGUAGGUGUGGAAGAAAGUGGGUGUUACAUUAGCUAAGGUAGUUGGCAUCAGACCUAGCCAACAUUGACUCGUCGGACUGAAGGAUUCCUACCUUGAUUUGUGUGCUAAACCAACAUGUUUCGAUACCUGGGUGAUGCUGAAGAAAGCCCCUUCAUGAUGGAUCCGUUCUCAGCACAUAGGCAGCAGAUGAGAACCCUGUUUGAUCCAUUCGGUUUUGAGCCUUUUCCCCUCGCUACCCAGAUGCAUCAGCCGCGAAGACCUAUCCAGCCCCAGGCAACAGCUCUUGCCCCCUUCGGAAUGAUGGGGAUGGGUGGAGGCUUCAUGGACAUGUUUGACAUGAUGGGUGGCAUGAUGGAGAAUAUGGUAGAUGAGAGGAUGUCUGGUUCCCCGAACUGCCAGACCUUCUCGUCUUCCACAGUGAUCUCCUACUCCUCACUGGACCAGGGAGCCCCCAAAGUCUUCCAGCAAACCAGUGAAGUCAGAACUGCACCAGGGGGAAUCCGUGAGACACGUCAGUCGAUGCGGGACAGUGAGAGUGGGUUGGAGCGCAUGGCUAUUGGCCACCACAUUGGGGAGCGAGCACACCUGAUGGAACGCUCCCGAAACCGACGCACGGGCGAUCGCGAGGAGCGGCAGGACUACAUCAACCUGGACGAGAGUGAUGCAGCGGCAUUUGAUGAGGAGUGGAGGAGAGGAGUGGGACGCUAUGCACCCCCCGGCACCCGCAGCAUUGACUACGGGCGAGACAGGAGGGCUGGAGCUGGCCAACAGCUGGCCCUUACUGCCCCCCCAAGCUCUGCCUCGCCGCCUGCUCCCCGACACGAGUCCCCACGCCACCACCACCACCACCACCAGCGGCCCCAAUCACGCCCCCGUUAUGACUGGUGAAAGGUUGUGUUUGAAGAAGUCCUUGGAGCUGUGAAAAGAGAGGGGAGAGUAGUAGAGUGAACUAGAUGACUGUUCCAUAGAUUUGAUUUAACUGGACUGUCUGUAAAUAUAAAUAUAACUUCAUAUGCCCAUUCACCAGCUUGGAUCCAUACAUACACUUAGGGUUGGACAACAACAACAACAUGGCUUUCUAACACAACACACACACACACACACACACACACACACACACACAUAUGCAGAGAAACUGUACAUAACCUCCUAAUAGCACACAAAUCCUAUAGAUGAAUACCCAACAACACACUACUCUACACACACAUUCACACACACACACCUACACCUGCUGUACAGUCCUUAUAUGUUUAUGUAGACACUAGAGUCUGUGGUUUGAAUUGUACGCUGUUGUCUAAUGAAACUGAAGUAUUGAUAAGCAUUCAUUAAAACUUGUAAGGUAA